UCUUGAUUCACGUGAAGUGUGUUUCUCCUAUAUAACAACUGCAGAGUACAGUUUGAAGACCAUUACCAUAUAAUGAUGUUUCCAUGGCUGGCAUUUGGGCACAUGAUACCCUUCUUCGAGUUAUCGAAGCUACUAGCAGCAAAAGGCGUCUUUGUUUCAUAUGUUUCCACCCCAAGAAACCUGCAGAGAUUACCUGCCAUUUCAUCACCUCUUCUGGAGCUUGUGGAGAUCCAAAUCCAAAUGCAUCCGGUGGAUGGACUACCGGUGGAUUGUGAGGCAACUAUGGAUAUCCAGCAAGUCCAAACACCGCUCCUCAAGAAAGCAUACGACAUGUUAGCUGAGCCAUUUGAGCAUCUGGUUGACAAGGUCAAGCCAGAUUUGAUAUUCCUUGAGUUUGCUGCAUACCGAAUCUUAGAUGUUGCUGCUAAAUACGGCGUAAGCACUGCGUUUUUCAGCGUGUAUGCAGCUGCUACAUUGGCUCACCUGGGGCAACUGGCUGAGCUCAAGGAAGGAAAGCAACAUCCGAGUCCAGAGUGCUGCGCACAGCCACCUGAUUGGAUGCCUUCUCCCAACACCAAGUAGUAUGAAGCAUGGAUGGU